UUUGACUUACCUUCUUUAUUCAGACAUAUUGUUUUAACAUGCUUACAAGUAGUGGGGACCACUGCCUAUUGAUACGUGCCUUGCCAUCAUGACAUGGAUCCUUACGCGAUUGCUCUUCUUUAUUUUGAUUUUUAAUUUUAGCGACACACCCCAAUUUGGAAACAUCACAGGUGACGUGUCAUCAGUUUGCCGAGGGGACGGACAAAACUGUUCCUGCCCCUCAUUUGGCAAUAAUUUAGGAAACCUUGUUAACAAACCUGGUUUUGGAACUGGACCGUGGGACCCCAACAGACUCAGUGAAAUAUACUUUGAGACUUUUGUGGAGGCAUCAUUCACCCCUGGCCUCAGGGUCCCGAAAGCUCUCUCUGCCGAUGGGCUGAUUGACAGCGCCCCAGCAGAUGACUCCGCCUGGCCCAGCUUUGCGGCUCUCAGACACUUUUUCCACCAGACUCUGGAGCGCUUCCACGCUUUCGUGGGAGAACUUGUUAACAAACCUGGAUUUAGAACUGGCCUGGGGGACCCCAACAUGCCCAGUGAAAUACACUCUGAGGCUUUUGUGGAGGCAUCAUUCACCCCUGGCCUCAGGGUCCCGAAAGCUCUCUCUGCCGAUGGGCUGAUUGACAGCGCCCCAGCAGAUGACUCCGCCUGGCCAAGCUUUGCGGCUCUCAGACACUUUUUCCACCAGACUCUGGAGCGCUUCCACGCUUACGUGGGAGAACUUGGAAACAAACCUGGAUUUAGAACUGGACCGGGCGACUCCAACAGACCCAGUGAAAUACACUCUGAGGCUUUUGUGGAGCUGAUUGGCAGCUUGCCAGAAGAAGUUCAGCCAAACACCACCCUCCAUGAGUGGAACUGCAGGAUAUUGACCAUCAUAGCCACCGUGGAAGCUGUCCUGAUAAUUGGCACUGUCUUCGUCUUACGAUGCAUGGUAAAAUCUGCAUUUAUUCACACUGAAGAGGAAAAAGACCAGGUCAAUAAGAAACUGCUGAAGGAGCAGAAACAGACUCAUGCUGUGGAAGAGCCGUGUACAUCUCCCUUUAUCAGGCAGUUUGGGUGA